GGCAGUAUUGGGUGUUGGUACUACUGUCAGUAAGCUUUUUAUUCCUUUUUUGGUUAUACAGAUGAAACUUCUUUCUGCAACUCCUGGAAAAGUCGUUUGUGAAAUGAAAGUAGAGGAGGAGCAUACCAACAGAGGUGGGACAUUACAUGGAGGUCUGACAGCCACACUUGUGGAUGUGGUGUCAACCACAGCACUGCUGUACACAGAAAGAGCACUGCCUGGGGUCAGCGUGGACAUGAACAUCACAUACACUUCUGCUGCUAAGAUUGGAGAAGAGAUAUUGAUUACAGCUCAGAUUUUGAAGCAAGGAAGAAAUCUUGCAUUUGCCACUGUGGAUUUAACAAAUAAGGCGACGGGAAAAUUAAUUGCACAAGGUAGACAUACAAAGUAUCUGGGAAAUUAAUAUAAGAGAUUUUUAAAAUAAUAAUGUUGGGCUUAAGAACCCCAUAUAGAAUGGUUUUCUCAUUUAUGCAAGAAGAUGCCAUCUGCACAAAAUUGUGAUAGUCUAUAUAAAAUGAGUUUGUCUCACUCCCAUAAUAGAUGAACAAGUUUCUUAAUUAGCACCUGCAUUGCUACAAGCCU